GAGCACCUCCCAAGAGCUGGUAGAAGCCAGCCAGCGACUCCCGCUGUUUGGCCGGCGAUGGUCUCGUUGCACGUGGUCGCUUGGGCUGCCCAGGUGGCCGCCUUUCAGCCCAAGGAGAGCGCCCACUGCCUGCAGUGGCAAACUGGGGUUGCCCCCCAGCGCUUACGUGUGGAGGGCGGGGCUUGGGGCCCGGCGCUCUGCCGCCAGGUGGGUGCCAACCCGUUGGCAACAGGUUUCCUGGCGCAUGAUGGCCGCUGCAUCCCAAUAGCGACUGGUGAAGACGAAGAAGGCACGGGAGACUUGCCAGCUGCAGACAAAGGUAUCGAGCUUGCCACGGCUCACCCGGACUGCGAAGUUUGGUGGCGAGAAGUCUCCGAGGACGUCAUCCCUCCUACCCCAGAGCUGGCCAUGCCGCUAUGGGAGGGUGGCGAGGUCUUCAGAAGCGGGGGUCUCCAACUGGGCCUUUGCCGCAGCUUCGGCAGCCCGGCCACCGCCGCCCUGGACGGCGGCUCGCCGCGCCUGGGCCACAUCGCGCUGGAAGGUCCCGAGAUCGGCAGAUGCCGCUUCCGCGCGGACAGGCCGAAAGCUUUGAUUGGUGGUCUUUUCCACAUUCUUCAGGCGCGGCCAAUGGCUACGCCCUGCAGCCAGGACCCUUCCGAAGCUGCGCGGCUACGGAAGAAGUUGCUUUGGCGUGUGGAGCACUUCCUUGGUCAGGAGGAGCAAGAACUCCUGGAGCGGGUGGUCGGAGGCGGCAGCUUUGUGCAGCUUCUGGAGGGGACUGCAGCUUUGGACUCCUGCCAGCUGCAGGAGGUGCUCUCUGCAUCCCGCUUUGUGCUGCACCCCCUGAACAGCCUCGGCCUGCACUUGCUGCGGGCAUUGCUCGCCCGGCGCAUGUACGAGGCUCGGCUAGCCCGAGGUUACGCCUCGCAUCCUGACUACAAGCGCUGGCUUCGGGACGGCCUAUUGAUCAAGGACCUAGACGAUCCAGCCCUUGGUGGAGACCAGGGGGUCCUGGAGUUGCUGCGCAUGGUGUCUGGAGAGGACUCCGAGGGUAUCCCUGAGAAGCUGGAAUGGCAGCAACGGAAUGUCACUAUGCAGGAAGCCGAUCCACAGAGCCAGAUCCACAUCGAUACCUUUGCGCCCAUUGUGAAGGUAUGGGUCUUCCAUGACCCGCCUGGCAUCAAUAUGUCGCAGGGGCCUCUGCUCUUUGCGCGUGGAAGCCAGCGGAAUACUGAGGACAAGCUGCGAUGGAUGCACGCCUACGCGCAGCCGCCAGCUGCUGAGGCAAGAGCAGCAAAGGCGGAGCCUUCCUUUCGCCUCAGAGGCUGUGCCGCAGCCGUGGAAGCGGCCUCGGCCUUUGUGCUGGCGGCCGAGGGUGAGGUGGAGUUGGAGGCGACCGCCGCAGCCGAGCCUGUGCUUCCCCUGAAACGGGUGAGGCGCACGCUCGUCCUGGCCGAUACCAGCGCGCUGCACGCUCGCGGACCCGGAGUGCCGGGUACGGUGCGAGAGUCUUGGCGCCUCAAGGGCGACAAUGACGGAGGUCUAAAACGCCUCAACCCCUUCCGGCUGGAGGCGAAGCAAGAGCUUUAACCGUCGAGGAAAAGGAGGGCAGUGCCACGCGGUUUGAGGCCAUGAGAACGAAAGCCCAGCACUGUAUCGCCCUCAAGCCUUCCGUCGAAGCAAUCGAGGAGUCGAGUUGGG